UUAUUCCACAGAUUUUGAAGUACACAGGAAUUGGCUUGCCAUCACUCACAACUUGCCCCUCUCUCAGUGGUACUAUGAAGCAACUUCAGAAUGGACCCUGGAUUACCCACCGUUGUUUGCUUGGUUUGAGUAUAUGCUUUCGCACAUUGCCAAGUACAUUGACCCCAAGAUGUUGGUCAUCGAAAAUCUGAAUUACACCAGUCGUGCAACCAUCUUCUUCCAAAGACUUUCUGUCAUCUUUACAGAUAUCCUUUUCAUAUAUGCAGUUCGUGAGUGCUGCAGAUUGGUAAACGGAAAACGAGCUGCAAAGGAUAUCCUGGAAAAGCCACCAUUUAUUCUUGCUGUUCUGCUCUUGUGGAAUUUUGGGUUGUUAAUUGUGGAUCAUAUUCACUUCCAGUACAAUGGCUUUCUGUUUGGGCUGAUGCUUCUUUCUGUUGCCCGACUGUGUCAGAAAAGAUAUUUAGAAGGCGCUCUUCUUUUUGCUGUCCUUCUUCAUUUCAAACAUAUCUACCUGUAUGUGGCCCCAGCAUAUGGCAUCUACUUGCUGCGAUCCUAUUGCUUUACUGCAAAUAAUGCAGAUGGAUCCCUGAAGUGGAGAAGUUUCAGCUUGCUUCAUGUAACUCUUCUGGGAUUGAUUGUCUGUCUUGUUUCUGCUCUUUCGUUGGGCCCCUUCAUAGUAUUGGGCCAGCUGCCUCAAGUCAUGUCUCGGCUUUUUCCUUUCAAGCGAGGCCUCUGCCAUGCCUACUGGGCCCCUAACUUCUGGGCUUUGUACAAUGCUGUGGAUAAAGCACUAACAAUUUUUGGUUUAAAGUGUAAUUUGCUUGAUCCCACAAAAAUUCCUAAAGCCUCGAUGACAGGAGGGCUGGUUCAAGAGUUUCAACACACAGUCCUCCCUUCUGUGACUCCACUGGCAACAUUAAUCUGUACUUUCAUAUCUAUAUUGCCCUCUGUUUUCUGUCUUUGGUUUAAACCUCAAGGGCCCCGAGGCUUUCUACAGUGCCUUGUUCUUUGUGCGCUGAGCUCCUUCGUGUUCGGCUGGCACGUGCAUGAGAAAGCAAUCCUCCUCGCUAUUCUGCCGUUGAGCUUGUUGUCUGUUCAGAGAGCAAAGGAUGCUGGCAUCUACUUGAUUCUGACAACCACAGGGCAUUUCUCACUGUUUCCAUUGUUGUAUACACCACCAGAACUUCCAAUUAAGAUCCUGCUUAUGCUGCUGUUUACUGUUUACAGCUUCUCUUCAUUGAAGUCUCUAUUCAGGAGAGAGAGGCCUCUCCUUAACUGGCUUGAAACAAUCUACCUCAUCCAACUAGUGCCUUUGGAAAUCUUCUGUGAAAUUGUAUUUCCUCUGACCCCCUGGAAACAGAACUUCCCUUUUGUCCCCCUGUUGCUGACCUCUGUGUACUGUGCUGUGGGUGUCACCUACGCGUGGCUGAAGCUCUACGUCUCGGUCUUGACCGAGAGAAUUGCUGUUCGACAGAAGGCCGAGUGA